AAGAGUGCGCAACCCUUGAUCUGAACCAACGUCUCAUUCACCCCAUUAUUAAUACCUCUUUCACAAGUCCUUUUCCCUUUCUCUCUCUUUAAUUCCCAUCCUUCCCUUCUCUCUCUCUCCAAUAUCACCCCUUUUUAAUUUUUUCCAGUCACAAGAAAGUUAAAAACUCAGUGUUGUUAAUGGAGUCUAAAUAUUUUAUGUGAAUUUCCAUUUUUAGCCUUCUCUUUUCAACCAAUACCGUCCAUUUUCAUACAAAAGGAAUUUUAGGGAAGAAAAAGAGAGACAGACAAAUUAUAUUUCCUAAUUUUUCAUUUUUCUUCCUCAGGUGAGAUUAAGCUUAAAAUAUUAGCUUAGUCAAUUCCAAAUUUCAAUUCUAAUUAGUUUUCGCUUUGCCUCUUAUGAAAAACUAGAAAAAUCAUGGAAUUCCCGACACAAGUUAUGGAAGAAGGCUCACCCUCAAGCCAAAGAAAGAUGGGAAGGGGAAAGAUCGAGAUCAAGCGGAUCGAAAACACGACAAACCGCCAAGUAACCUUCUGCAAGAGAAGGAAUGGAUUGCUGAAGAAAGCCUAUGAAUUAUCAGUGUUAUGUGAUGCUGAAGUUGCCCUCAUCGUCUUUUCGAGCCGAGGCCGGCUCUAUGAGUAUGCUAAUCAUAGCUGCAGUGUCAAGGGCACAAUUGACAGGUACAAGAAGGCGUGUUCUGAUCAGACUGGUGCUGGAUCAGUUGCUGAAGCCAAUGCUCAGUACUAUCAGCAGGAGGCUGCCAAGCUGCGACAAAGUAUCAAAAGUCAAACAAAUACCAACAGGGAUCUUUCCAGGCAUAUGAUGGGUGAAGGGCUGAGCAGCCUAAGUAUGAAGGAGCUGAAGAACCUCGAGUCUAAACUUGAGAAAGGAAUUAACAGGAUUCGGUCCAAAAAGAAUGAACUGCUCUUUGCUGAGAUUGAGUUUAUGCAGAAAAGGGAGAUUGAACUGCAUAACAAUAACCAGUUUCUCCGAGCAAGGAUCUCUGAAAAUGAAAGAGCUCAGCAAAGCAUGAGCUUGAUGCCGGGGGGCAGUGACUAUGACCUUGUCCCUUCACAGUCGUUUGAUUCGCGGAAUUACUUCCAAGUAAAUGCCCUGCAACCCAAUAAUCAGUAUGCCCGCCAAGACCAGACCCCGCUCCAGUUAGUGUAACUAUGCAACACAAUGCGGAUUAUUGAACUGGCCGGAGCUGAAAGUGACUUAGUGGAUUCGCUCAUGAAUGGGAUCUAGUCCUGUAUUCUAGCGUUUUCGAGUCUAUAAGGAAGUAACAGGAAGUAUGUAGUAGUGUAUGUUUGGUGUGCAGUGUGAUUUGCAUAACGUUUGAUGCAUCCUAAACUUUUAACUUAAUUAUCUUAUCCUGUGUAAUGGAGUAUUUGACCUUAAUUCUCGGUGUAUUGUGCUGUUAUUAUAUUUUAGCUACUGUAUGGUCUGUA